UUAUGCAUCUUUGACAAGUACUUUGAGAGGAACUGGUUGAGGAGAGACCUAAACGUGGUGGGGUUUGGACUGAUCGGAUGGCUAUCUCCGUCGAGUAUUCCGGCGAUAAAUGGGAAGAGCUUGACGGGUCUCUUCUUCGAGAGCAUAGGAAAUGAGCUCGCUCACUUCCCAACUCCUCCAGCACUCACUUCACAGUUCUGGUUGUGGUUGGUUACCUGGCACUUAGGUCUCUUCAUCUGUCUUACCUUCGGACAAAUCGGAUUCAAGGGCAGGACAGAGGAUUACUUCGAGAGAUAAAAAUCAUUUUUCUAGUCCCAUUUGUAAUAUAUAUUUCUCAUUUCCCCCCUCUCUCUCGUGUAGUAGUAUUAUUAUUACUCAAAACUAAGAGAUUUUCUUUC